CAUUUUCUUUUCUUUUUGGGUCUAACCAGAAGCAGCUGACGGGCUCCUGGUCUAUGUGUUCCCCACUCCCGGCGACCGCGAGCCUCUCGUCCACCCCCGACACCGAGCCGAAAGCCGCGUGGAUUCGUCCGCCCGACAUGGAUUCAGCCUCCAGAGCUGCCCCGCCGCCGGUCGGCGCUGGGGUCCGCGUCCGCGCGCCGCUGGUAGAGUCCGUCUCCUGUUACUGCAGAUUAGAUACAGGCCUUAAAACUGUCGUGGAUGCUAGAAAAUUUGCUUCUGGAGCAAAGAUGUGCAUGCAACCUGAUGUCAAACAAACCAAGCGCAAGUCAAGGGGCUCGCGGAAGGAGAGGUGUCGAGCUCAAGCACCACUUUUGCCUGGCCUUCCUGAUGAUCUUGCAAUUGCCUGUCUUAUACGGGUUCCUCGAGUAGAACACCCCAAUCUCCGGACAGUUUGUAAAAGAUGGAACCGCCUUUUGUCUGGGAAUUACUAUUACUCCUUGCGCAAGAAACUCAGCAUGGCAGAAGAAUGGGUUUAUGUCUUUAAAAGGGAUCGUGAGGGGAAAAUAUCCUGGCAUGCCUUCGAUCCACUGAACCAGCUCUGGAAGUCCCUUCCACCUGUUCCACCAGAGUAUUCAGAAGCGUUGGGUUUUGGCUGUGCUGUUCUGAGUGGUUGCUAUCUGUACUUAUUUGGGGGUAAGGAUCCUUUGAGGGGCUCUAUGAGACGUGUUGUAUUUUACAAUGCCCGGACCAACAAAUGGCAUCGAGCUCCAGAUAUGUUACGAAAGCGACACUUUUUUGGUUCCUGUGUUAUAAACAAUUGUCUAUAUGUUGCUGGUGGAGAGUGUGAAGGAAUACAAAGGACUCUUCAGUCUGCUGAAGUUUAUGACCCUAAUCGGAACAGAUGGAUCUGCAUCCCUGAGAUGAACAACGGGAUGGUGCCUUUCAUUGGAGUUGUAUAUGAUAACAAGUGGUUCCUAAAAGGACUUGACUCCCAUCGCCAAGUGACAUGUGAAGUGUACCGACCGUCAUCCAAUUUGUGGUCAAUCAUUGAUGAUGAAAUGGUUACAGGUUGGCGUAACCCAAGCAUUUCCUUCAAUGGGCGUCUCUAUUCAUCUGAUUGCCGGGAUGGCUGCAAGCUUAGCGUAUAUGAUGCAAACACAGGAACAUGGGCAAGAUUCAUAGACAGCAAGCACCAUCUAGGCAACUCACGUGCCUUUGAAGCCACAGGCUUGGUGUCUUUAAAUGGUAAGCUUUGCAUUAUUCACAACAACAUGAGCAUCACUCUUGUUGAUAUCUUGGAUCCAACAAUGGGCAUCGAGACCGACAGUGCAUGCAUGUGGGAAACUGUUGCUCGGAAGGGUCAGCACAAGUCGUUUGUGGCAAACUUGUGGUCGACCAUUGCAGGACGUAACCUGAAGAGUCACAUAAUCCAUUGUCAGGUGCUGCAAAUUUGAGGUUAGCUGUUGCGAAUUAGGACAUAAUGAAAUCAGCGAAAUAGAGCCUCCAUUACAAGAUCAAAUGCUCACUGUGUGAACAAUUCUUUGUAAAUUUGAUUACCAGAAGCUGCAAUUCAAGACUCUGGCAGUAAAUUCGUAGGAUGUAUUUUUCCUAUAUAUAUAUUAGUAAUCAGUACACUGACCUACAAAACUUUAUGUAUGAACUCCCAUAUAGUACAAUGUGAGUUUGUUUGGUCGACAUUGAAA